AUGAGUCUUUUCAAAGACCUCAUCUCACAAAUCGAUCCUUCGAGUGCUCCUCCGCCUUCAGCGCCUUCUCCGGUUCAACGAUCGGCUGUGGCACCUCCUAAGCCUGCGCCCAAGCAGCCUCUCAAAAAGCCUACUUCUCGCCCAGCUACGCCAGUCACUGGUGCAGCUGACAACACCGCUCUCAAACGCAAAGCUUCUGGGACGAUAGAGAAUACGCAGGUUAAAGCGCAGCGCAAGGAUGCUUUACCCGCUUCCAGGCCAACCAAUGGUGCUGUUCGGAGUACCUCAACACCGGCUGUGGCGAACCCAAACUCAACGGACUCAACAACAUCAAUUCCGUAUCGUGGAACCGCCCCAUACCGUGGGACCGCCGCGUUGGCUGCCUCCAAAUCUCCAGCCGCGCCACUGAAGAAACCUACUUUACAAGUUGGGACGGGAACAGCAGCCUCCAGACCGUCAGCGCUUACACCGAAAUCUGCGGAUCCCAAAUCCGCAACAGCCAGUCCAGGUGCUUCAGCUAAUGGCCCACCCAAGAAAGUUGGAGGAUACAUGGCUUUGUUGGCGAAAGCGAAGGAGAAAGACCAGACGAAGCCUGCCGCGCCGCCGAUUAAACACGAUACCACCAAGAUUUUGUCGAAAAAGGAUCGGGAAAAGAUGCGCAUGGAAGCCAGGCAAGCUAGCAAAGGAAAGAAGCCUACAGUUGGACCACCUGCGAAAGGAGUAGAUGCGAAACAGGUGGCUGAUAAGGAGAAGCGAAAACCUGCCGCGGUUGGAUAUCAAGGAACAGCUCGGCCUAGCGCACCUGUUAAGAAGCCUGUCGAGACUGGCUACAGGGGAACUGCAAGACCCUCAUCCGCUGCAGCGCCCAAUGGAAGACCCGGUGCCGCAGGCGCUAAACCCAAACCCAAGCCUGCUCGAGGACGCAACGAGUACGUGUCUUGGUCAGAUGACGAACUCGAAAUGGAGGACGAAGAGGAAGAGGAGGAUUACGCCUCAGAUGUCUCAUCUGACAUGGAAGGCGGUAUGUGGGAUGUUGAGGAAGAAGAAUCAGAGGCGCUCAAGGCCGCCAGGCGUGAAGAUGCAGAGGAAGAGAAGCGUUUGAAGGAGUUGGCACGUCAAAAGGAUGAGCGGAAACGCAAACUAGCAGCUCUCGCAUCUAGCAACGCGUCCAAACGGAAAUAUUAA